GACACCGGAGACGGGAUGAGACUCGCGGAAGACGGAGAGGUAGGCUCGUCUACCAGCGAAUGCUGCUGGGCAGGUUUGCGAUUUUGAUUGCCAACUAGUUGGGCCCCGGCGCCAGGCCCCCAUCCUUGGGUGUAUGUGUGUGAGUCAGUGUGUGAACUGAGAGCCGGGGAUAAGGAGGAUGACGGACGCAUCGGCUGGUCGCGCGCCUACCGCCAGAACUCUCUAUGCGCUCAGAAAGCCCCGGGAGAGCGCACUCCGAUUGAGAGUUGUAUUCCUGGACGACAGCGAGAAAGUGUUCGAGGUGGAGAAUCUCGUCCUUGGGAACGACUUCUACAACAAGGUCUGUGGCCACCUGAAGCUGCUGGAGAAGGAAUACUUUGGACUGGAGUUCAGACACGCCUGUGGCAGCUAUGUGUGGUUGGAGCUUUUGAAGCCACUGGCCAAGCAAGUCAAACACACCAGGGAUCCCUCCUUCCGCUUCAUCGUCAAGUUCUUCCCUCCAGACCCCGGACAGCUGCAGAAAGAGCUGACUAGGUAUCUGUUUUCCCUGCAGAUCAAACAGGUCUUGUCCACCGGGAGUCUGACCUGUAACGACAACAGCUCCGCCCUGCUGGUCUCCCUCCUCCUGCAGGCAGAGUUGGGGGACUACCAGGAACAGCGGGAUGUGGAACACCUCCACAGGACGUCUUACGUCCCAAACCAGGAAAUGCUGCUGAAGAAGAUUCUGAAGUUUCACCGGAGACACAGGGGCCAGGCCCCAGGGGAAGCAGACAACCAGAUGUUGGAGGUGGCCAGGAGGCUGGAGAUGUACGGGAUCCGACCUCAGCCUGCCAGCGACGGGGAAGGAACCAGGAUAAACCUGGCUGUCACACACGCUGGAGUACUGGUGUUCAGGGGGAACUCAAGGAUUAACACCUUCAGCUGCAGCUGGGCCUCCAUCCGCAAGCUCAGCUUCAGGAGGAAACACUUCCUCAUCAAGCUGCACGCCAACAUAGUGCCAUCUCGCAAGGACACAGUGGAGUUCUCCCUGGCGAGCAGAGAUGUGUGCAAGGCCUUCUGGAGAACAUGUGUGGAGAACCACGCCUUCUUCAGGCUCUCUGAGGAACCGCCCUCCCAACAGAGACCCCUCCUGUACAGCCGGGGAUCCAGCUUCAGAUACAGUGGCCGCACCCAGAAGCAACUGCUGGACUGUGUGAGGAGGGGCGAGAGAAGGAACCUGCCCUUCGAGAGGAGGUUCUACAGGGCCCACAAUGACUCCAGACAGUGUAGGUCAUCGCCCGAUCUGCUCACUGACGUCUCCAAGCAGGUGUACGAGCAGGCCUGUGGGUUCCCCCACCCCUCCUCCGUCCAGGGAGGGAAGCGUAGCCAAUCAGCUGCUGAGGUUAUCUUCAGCCCGCCCCCUCAGACUGCCCCGCCCCCUUCCAGUCACGCUCCUUCUCGUUCUGCCUCCUUCUCUGGUGCUCAGGCCGCGCCCCCGGGACCAUCGGACCACACCCCCCGCCUCAACGAGGGGGAGUGGCUUCAGUGGGGGAGGGGCCGACUGUGGGGCAACACACAACAGCUGGUAUUGCUCUACCCCCACCCCCAAUACCCUCCCCAGCCCUUCCCCUGUACCUGCCCCCCGAGCCCCUGCCCCCACCACCCCCCUUACUCCUGCCCGCCCCAUCCCUACCCCUACCCCUACCUCCCUCCUCUCCCCUUCUCUCCCCACCCCUUCCUCUCCAGCUGCUCCUCCUCCUCUCUAGACCGCCCCCUCCCCUCCUCACCCCUGCCUCUCCCCCGCUGUGCCCUGCUCCCUCGCCCUCCCCCCCAUCCCCACCAUUUUCGCCCUCACCCCGUUCUUUUGGAAAAUUUCAUUCGCUCCUCCAGCUUCUCUGGUCCCACCUCCUCCUACUCCCUGUCUCCUCUCCGUCGCAAUCGGGAACACUACCAAGGACCGCCCCCAUGGGUGUGGCCUCCAGGCUGGGUAACCAUGGCACCCAGGGUGUACGCAACCUCCGGUUGCUAUGGCGACGGUCGCCAGGGGGAUUCGGGGCGAGACGACACGACGGCCGGCCACUUCAGCGACGACUCCACUUACCAGCCAGGGUUGCCGCGGCGCUCCUGGAGCCAAUCGGACAUGAAGAUCCUGCGCCCGUCAACCCCGUCCGGUGCCUCAGGCUCCACCCCCGCCGCAGACUUCCGCCCGCUGGGUCACUACCCACACUUGGCUCGGCGACACACACCAGUACGCCCUGCCCACUUGCCUCUCAGCCUAUCACCACUGCCCGGGAGACACCCCCCCGCAGGGGCAAUGAGCAGGACAGGAAGCGGAGAGCUGAGUGACUCGGUGUACCUGUCGUACUGGCCGGCAGCGCUGAGGGGGUUGGGAGGGGCAGGGGGGCUAGGGGGGCCCGGGGGCCUGGCUCGCCUCAGGGUCUCCUCCGGGAGCCUGCAGCUGGAUGAGCAGGAAGAGGACUGUCUCAACCUGGACCAGGAGCCAAUCACAGCGCCGGAGCAGCCCUGA